UUCAUUUCAUUUCAUUUGGCAGCAGCAGAGCAGAGAGCGGGAACUUCUCCAAGCUCGCGAAAACUCGAAAAAAAUGGCGUCCGAGACCUCACCAGACAUGGGAGAAAACGCCGCUGCUGAGAAGCAGCAGCAAUCUCAGGCAGAAAUUCGAGCUGACGUCGUCUCCGUUGAUCUUCCUGCGCCUAAAGGCUGGAAGAAGAAGUUCACUCCAAAGAAGGGGAGUGGGGGUACUCCCAGAAGGAACGAGAUAGUUUUUAUAUCACCGACAGGUGAGGAGAUCAGGAGCAAGAGGCAGUUGGAGCAGUACAUUAAAUCCCACCCUGGUGGACCUUCUUCCUCUGAAUUCGACUGGGGCACUGGUGACACGCCGAGGCGUUCUGCGAGAAUAAGUGAAAAGGUGAAAUCAACAGAGUCACCCGAAGGGGAGCCCCUGAAGAAACGAGGUAGGGAAUCGGGCCCAAAAAAGGGAGCGACAGAGAAAACUGACAGUGGAGAUGGAGAAACUGAAGCUCCGGAAGAAGCAGAAGCUGCAGAAGAAGUACAAAAAGGGAGCCUUGAUACUGACAUGAAGGAAGAUGAGGACGGAGGAGACAAGGUUGAAGAAGGAGAAGAAGUUGCUACCAAAGAAGCUGAGGCAAAUAAGAACACUGUGGAGCAGAAAGGCGACAAGGAUCAGGCUGAGGAGAACAAUGAGAACCAGGAAGAUGUUGGAAAGACUGAUUCUGAUGCCAACAAGGCAGCAGAGGAAAAGACCGACUCACCGCCCACAUCGCAGACUGAGGAACAGAAAGUGAAGGCAGACAAAGGACAUGCCACGGCAUCUGAGCCCAACAUCGAGGCAGCAUCCCAGGAGGUCAAGGAAGACCACAAGGACAAUGAGGGGUCGAAAAAUACUGAGGUGCAUGCUCCUGUAAACUGCGAGGGUGGACAGCAUCCGCCCAAGGCAUCUCCUGUUAGCUGUUAAAGAAACCCCAUCUCCCCGAUAGGAUCUAUCACACGUGUUUUUCUUUCCUUUUGUUGUUUUCCUUUUGUGACAGUUAGACAGGACCUCCAGGCAAAAAUGACAUGGAUCUGGAUCACGAUUUUCGGUUGGUUUAUUUUGCGAGGCCCCUUGGGUGCAACUCUGCGGGAAGCUGGCUGAUCGUGUUAUCAUCAUUGUAGUUGUGUAGUUUAGGGAACUUUUUGUAACCUCAGUCCUAACUUGUAAGCUUACAAUUCUUGGCAUUUUUCUACUCCUAAAGGAUAAGUCAAUGCACUGCC